AUGGGCCGCCACAAGACCAAAGACAUCGACUGGCUCGUGAAGCGCAUGAACACGCUGCACGUCGCCGACGACGAUGCAUCUAGCAGCGGCGACCCAACUCAGUCGUUUCGCUUCUUUGCCCUCCCAGCAGAGUUGCGUAUACGCGUGUACGAGCUCCUCCUUGUCUUCCCGAAGACGCUCGAUCUCGACCCCACGAACACGCGCACCAUAGCGCCGCACCUACGACUCUUCACCGUCUCGCAACAAAUGCACAAUGAAGCUUCGCGAGUCUUCUAUGCGCGCAACACAUUCCGAGUGUUUCCGAUACAUGGCCGCUAUAUCAACAAGAAACAUCCGCUGUUAGCGUGGCUCCCACGGAAGUAUCGCAUACACAUCACGAGAUUGGAACUGCGUGUGGGACCUGGUUUCACGUCACCACCCAAGCAUUGGGUGGUAGACAGCCGCUUAGGUCUGGCAGCCACCACGCGCGUAUACAAGCUUCGGAUCUUUGUAGAAAUCGAUCCGUCGUCGCAUCCGUCGUUUGGCGAGUUGCUCGUGGGCCGGACUCAUUACACUGAGUACUGCGUGGGCUUGGUGAGAGCUUUGCUUGCGCAGAUACCGAGUGUGAGUGAGAUUGAGUUUGAUGCCUAUCCUGGUGUCAACAAGUCGAGUCCGCUGCUGAUGGGCUUGAUGGACGAGGCGAAGCUGAACCAGAAGAGAAUCACCUGGGGUGAUGAGCGGGGAUGGGACACGAUUAUCGAUGGCGACUUGGCCGGCGUGCUGCAAAAGCUUGGGAUUGAAGCGUGUCUGCCUGGCGUGGAUGAUGAUCGUGUCGGAGGUGCGGACGUUGAAAGUGCUGUAGACCUUGCAACUGAUGUUGACGGUGGCGUUGAUGGCUCACUGGAUGCUGCAGCUGGCAACCUAACGGGUGUCGGAGCUCUCGAUGUUGUCGGUGGCGUUGAUGGCUCACUGGUUAUAUCGGAUGCUGCAGCUGGCAAUCUAACGGAUGUCGGGACUCUCGAUGUUGGCCGUGGCGUUGAUGGUUCGCUGGUUGUAUCGGACGCUGCAGCUGGCAACCUAAUGGGUGUCGGGGCUCUUGCUGUUGACCUUGCGGGUAGGGUGUUCGAUGCAUCUUCCAUGGCCCGCCUAGAGAUUUGGAUCGUGGACAUGCUGGAUACUGAAGAGCGCGAUGACGAGGUUGAGGAUGAGGUUGAAGUCGAGCGCCUCGACGUUGUGCCUGGUGAAACACACACUCGUGGAUACGACGAAGCGGCUGACCGUUGGUAUCGGACUGGAGCUGGUGCUACCGGCGUUGGAGGCUAUCUCCCUCAGCCGUGGCUCCAGGAAGUCAGGAUCGGGCUCCUGUUCCGCGAGCUCGAUGAGCAGUCUCUGGAACCUCUGGACGUUGGCUUUUGCAAUGAUAUUCCUGCAUUUCCGGCGUUGAGAAGGGGCAUAGCCAAUGCAGCGCCGAUCGUUGCAGAGCUGCAAGACUUCUGUGGGAUCCCAUCCAUGCGACAUGAUGUUCAGGUCGUGAUGUAG